ACAUACGCUGCAUUCUCCCACACAUUGAGCUGCUCUGCAGUGUUGUACAUAGAAAGAGGACUAGGUCAGAGUCUCCUUGCUAGCCUGCCUGUAGGCUCAGCUGACAUGUGAAGUUAGCGACCUCGGGGACUGGCUGAUGCAAACGCCAGCUGAAAUGAGCCAUUUCCUCCAUGGAUGAGAUGGAGCAACAGCAGCUCUGGUAAUGACAAAGAAGAUGUGGACUUCUGGUGGAUCCAAGUGGAAGAAAGGAUGAGGAGGUGCCAGUAAAAGAGGCAAAGGGGAUGAAUGGAUUAAGGAAAAUGUGUGAGGGAGUAUUUUUCUUUUGAGGGAGUAUUUUUGUUUAAAGACAGGAGAAGAGUGAUUUAAUUAAGCAUGAAGACAAAGGAAAGGAAAGGAAAUAAAGAGAAAUGACCUCCAAGAUGUAGAAAGAAAAGAACACAAGAAUGAACAAAAUGGAAAAGGCAAACUAAAACAAGAGUGAGGAGAAGAAAGGGGCCUAGUGCAGCGUAAAACAGAGAGAGCUAUAAAAAUAGAGAGAUAUUGUAUGUGGAUCCUAACAAAGCAGAAAGUGCGAGAGAGGAGGUUGAGGAGAAAAUUAGAGGGAAGAGAAAACCUGCAUGGGGCAGGCUUGAAGAGGGAGGCAGAGUUGUAAACACAAGGAUUGGAAAGUCAGUGAGGAAGAAAGCAGAGAAAGUUGCAGCUUGACGGAAAGCUGGAUAGUAGCGAAUGGAUGUGCGAUGGGAAGGAGAGGAAACUUCAGUCUGAGCAAAGGAGAAAGAAAUAGCAGCAUGUCAUCAUCCGCACCAUGAGGGCUUCAAAGAUUGAGGCUAAGGAGGCUUGUGAUUGGCUUAGAGCGGCAGGAUUUCCACAGUACGCUCAGCUGUAUGAAGAUUCCCAGUUUCCAAUUGAUAUUUCCUCAGUGAAAAGGGACCAUGACUUCCUGGACCGGGAUCUGGUGGAGCCUCUGUGUCGACGUCUAAAUACUCUGAACAAGUGUGCCUCCAUGAAACUGGAUGUCAGUCACCCCAAGAAGAAAGGUGAUGACUCUGAUGAAGAUGACCCGUUGGCUAUCAGCAAACGGUGGACGUUCGAGUGGAGUAGCCGACGUUGGUCUCGUCUGCAAGACUUCCUGUUGGACAGCACCAAUGAAAGCAGCCCGACAGGUCAGGGGGGGGGUCUGCGCAGCACAGUGAGCAGUGAGAGCGUGCUGACAGACCUGAGCGAGCAGGAGAUCACAGAAAUCUCCUCGCUGCACAGUGAGGACUCCGCCUCCGCCAUGCCUGACUCCAUAUCUAUGGCUUCCCUUUCCGCUUCCUACCAACCACCCAGGGACCUUCCACACUACAACUCCCUGCCAAUCAAGAGCAGCCGCCAUGGGCAAGGAGGGCGGAGCAAAGCGAAAGAGUUUUUACGUCGAAUGGAAAUAAUGCGCACUUGGGGGCCAUCGACGAGGCGGAAAAGCUCAAGUCGCAGGCCACCACUGGUCAUCAGUGGGCCAGUGUUACAGGGAGAGGAGCCUCAAGCACUGCAGAUGCUCCAGUGUACUCCCAUCAGCCAGUUAGAACACAGCCCUAAACACAACCACCAAACUGAUGGCGACACUUCUGCUGUCACCCUUACCAAUGAUUGUAAAGACGAAUCUAUGGUGAGUGUGAGCCCCAGCAGUGAGACAGUGGCGCCCAGUGUGAAGGAGCCUGUGUGUACAAAACCCCGCACUGCCAGCAAGAGAAGCAGCAUGUAUCUGGAGGAUAUGGAGCUGCCUUCUCAGGGUAAGAGGACUGAGGGACAGAGCCAGUUUGGCAGAAACCAGUUUCACUCAUAUGAAAACCUCCUCAUUCACAUCCCCAAAGACCAUAAACCAGGCACCUUUCCAAAAGCUCUAUCCAUAGAAAGCCUGGCGCCUUCCCCUGGUGACAGGAACAAUGGCUCUCAGCCACAGGCCCAAACUUCUCCACCCAACAAUGGCCUGGGUGAGGCCUGGUCUGGUAAACCUCUUUCCAAACCACCCUGUCCUGGUGCUCCACGGGGCAGCAGGGUGAGUGUUUAUGACAACGUGCCGGGCUCCCACCUGUAUGCCAGCACUGGAGACCUGCUGGACUUGGAGAAAGAGGACAACCUGUUCCCUCACCUGGAUGACAUCAUCCAGCAUGUCAGUGGUUUGCAACAAAUUGUGGACCACUGGAGCCGCAGUGUGCUGCCCGAGGGUGAGACAGGGGAGGGGGAGGAGGAAGGGGAAGGCAGGACCACCCCCAGUGAAGGUGAGAGAGAUGGAGUCUCCUUGAAUGACACUGAUUCAACAGGGACUAGUCGGGAGAGGCGGGACUCUGGAGUUGGGGCCUCGCUGACAAGACCACGUCUACGAUGGCCCAGUUUCAGAACCUCUGAUCAUCUCAACCAGCCAGCAUCCUCACUGCAGAUCAGUAGCCAAUCAGCAGGUCAGCUCAGCCUGCUGCAGAAGUUCUCUUUGCUCCGCCUCACCGCCAUCAUGGAGAAAUACUCAAUGUCUAAUAAGCAUGGAUGGACAUGGUCUGUGCCCAAGUUUAUGAAGCGCAUCAAGGUGCCAGACUACAAAGAGAAGAGUGUGUUUGGCGUUCCCCUCAUCGUCCAUGUCCAGCGUUGUGGUUUUCCGCUCCCUCUGUGUUUACAGCAGGCCCUCAGCCACCUCAGGACACACUGUCUGGACCAGGUGGGAUUGUUCCGCAAAUCCGGCGUGAAGUCUCGUAUUCAGGCUUUGAGGCAGCAGUGUGAGCUGUCCCCUGACUCUGUGAGCUACGAGGACCAGUCAGCUUACGAUGUGGCCGACAUGGUUAAACAGUUCUUCAGAGACUUGCCUGAGCCUCUCCUAACAAGCAAGCUGGGGGAAACCUUCUUGCAUAUUUACCAGUAUGUCCCAAAGGAGCAGAGGUUGCAGGCUGUCAGAGCGGCCAUUUUGUUGAUGCCAGAUGAAAACAGGGAAGUUCUGCAGACGUUGCUCUACUUCCUGCGUGAUGUCACUUCCCUGGUGGAGGAGAACCAGAUGACACCGAUGAACCUGGCUGUUUGUCUGGGACCUUCGCUCUUCCACCUCAGCAUACUGAAGAACGAGACGCUGUCACCAAGGUCAAUCCAGAGGAAGUACACCACAGGUCGCCCCGAUCAGAAAGACCUGAGUGAGAACCUGGCCGCCACUCAGGGCCUGGCACAUAUGAUCACUGAGUGCCAGCAUCUGUUUCAGAUCCCAGAGGAGAUGGUGACCCAGUCUCGUAACUCUUACAUGGAGGCUGAGCUGAUGGUGCCCCCGCUGGACGAGCUGUGCAAGGCUCAUGAGGAGGAAGUGGAUGAGGACGAGGAAGAGGAGGAUGAGGAAGGAUCCUAUCAUGCACACCUAGAAAGCCUGGUCCAGAACUUGCUUAAAGAAGCCAAAGAUAAGAGCAAAGGCUGGGUGUCUCGUUCAACUACUGACCAUACAGAACUGGCAUUUAAAAAGGUAGGGGAUGGUAAUCCUCUCAGGCAGUGGCGAGUGUGUGUGGAGGUCUCCGCAACUCCCAAUGAGGUGCUGCAGCGGCUGCUGAAAGAGCGCCCUCUGUGGCAGACUGAACUACAGCAGGAGAAGGUUCUGGAGACGCUGGAUAAGCAGACAGAUGUGUACCAGUACUCCUGCUGCAACAUGGCACCUCAGCCCAGCUGUGACUAUGUGGUACUAAGAUCAUGGCGCACAGACCUGUGCAAAGGCUCAUGUGCGUUGGUGUGUGUGUCUGUCGAACAUGAUGACAGCCCACGCAUGGGAGCGGUGAGGGGGGUUGUGUUGGAGUCACAGUAUCUCCUUGAGCCCUGUGGGACGGGGAGGACCAGGCUCACACAUAUCUCCAGAGUGGACCUCAGGGGAAGAUCUCCAGAAUGGUACAACAAGGCUUUUGGUCACCUGUGUGUUAAUGAAGCCCAGAGGAUCCGCUCCUCUUUUCACCCUCUAGAUCAGACGAGCACUGAGGCCAAGAUCUGAACCCCAGAAAUCAAGCUUUAUCUUGGGUCACACUGCCAGAGUAACUGGGUCUGAGUACCAGUGGCCCAGAAUGGGAAUCAUCCAGGCAGUGGACUUUGGUGUCUUUUCAUGCUGCUGAGCUACACUGAGCUUUACUGUACCAUACUGUACUGAGUUACAGUCAUUCACACAGAGAAGAGUAUUUUUUUUGUCAUGUAUUCCAGUAAUUCUGCAUAGACAUCUUUAAACAACAUAUCUCUACUUAUGUUCCAAGCCAUGUUUUGUACCAUAGCACAAAAGCUGUUUUCGAAAUAUGAAACCGUUAAUUUGAUUUUCUUUGACUAGCCACUGAUGUUUCACAUAAUUGGCUCUUUACCAUGUGCAUUCAUGGAAGGACAAGGCUGUGUGGACACUGUGUAUUUUCAUUGUUUCAUUGCUGUGGGCCAUUUUUCAAAAUCCUCCUCUAUAAAUACAUAAAUCUUAAAAAAAAAAAAAAACAUGACCCAGUGAAAACAGCCAGCAUCGGCAGGCUUGAUCAUGAGAUGGUUGCCAUAGUGUAAGGGUUAAUAUUUAAUCUGCAACACUUUAAUUUGAUAUCACAUUAAUUCUUACUGUGAUAGAUUACCUAACUGAAGCUUACAUACAGCUAUAACUGAUUUUGUAGUAUGUGUGAUCAAAGUUGGCGUGAAAGUUACUCAUACAAGUAGAAUACCUAUAAAUCUAUCUCAACUCCAUUUCUUUUAAGUGCCAUAUGGCCUGUCUGGAAUAUACAUGACAAUAUAGAUUUGAAUGAAAGUGUUCAUAAUAAUUUCUCCUCUCAUAUUGAAUUAACAGUCACACAAACAACAUUGACAAUAUUUGACAAUUACAUAUUAUCCACAAUUAUUAACCGAUUAAUCUAUUAAUAAACUAACCCAAACUGGACCUUCAUGACCUACAUCGGCUUUUUUACCCCUUCUACAUCUACAAAGCUGUUAACUCACACAUAUAUAUCCACAUUUAUAAAAUGCACUUAGUUAUCAUGGAGCCCUCUACAGAUACUGUAAAGAUCCAAAAACUUGAGCUGUCCAUGGGAAUGACCAAGACCAGUACAAUAUGGGUACACGACAGCACUACAUUGUGAAAAGUGCACUAGUUUCAGGAAAAACAAGUACACGAGGGAUCUGGAUCACAGGAAGAUGAAACAGACAUUGGGUCCAUACAUGUGCUUUAACCCUGUUAUGGAUACAUUGUGUUGGAUAUCACUGUUGAUUAAGUUCUCUGUCACUAUUUUCAGUGUUAAUUUUAUCUAAAUGAAAUGUUAUUUUAAAGUUAUUAUUGUCAUUAUAUCUCUGUAUGUGGUAUUAUUGUUGCUUUUUUUUUUUUUUUUUUUUGCUGUCAUGUUAUACAAUGUCUAAGACAUGAGACCAUUUCACUGCUUCUGGGAAGCAUGUUUGAAAUUUUGCAUGUGUGGGUGGGUGUGUGCAUGGAUGUACCUGUGUAUCUGCAUUUUAGAUAUACGUACAACCUGUAUUCUAAACACAUAAAUAUAUGACGCUUUCUGUGCCAGCAGAUCAAACUUCAUAGCUUUUCAGGGUCUUCCUAACAUACUGAUAUGCUGAAAUGUGAACUUUCCACAGCAUCCUACUAAAGCAAUAGCAGACUAAAGCUUGCUCUGCCAUGGCACUGCCUUGGCUUUUUGCGUUUUGCCUGUAGGCAGCGUUGCUAUGAUACAGUAUCUCUACAGUGCCACCAAAAUCCUGUGUGGAUGAUGUUUGCUGGAGAACAGUGUGGUGUGUAUGUGUGUGCGUGUGUGUGUGUGUAAAUAUGUAUGUAUGAGGAAGACAAAAAGACAGACAAAAGAGCGAGUGAGUGACUUUGACAUGAGCCCUCGGCUGUGUGUGGAGAGGCUCCAAAUCGAGCUGAGUAGCUGAUCUGUGCUUGGUUAUUUCUGACAGUGACAGAAAAUAGAACCAUUGUUUCUUAAACAAGAGAAUUAAAAA